UUUCGCUCCAACUCAGUCAGUCCACCUUAAGCGCACACGCAAACGCAGGAGGCGUCGAGCGAGGUUUCCGCUUCUCAGUGGGGCUCGGACCGCGACUCACGAAAAAUCGCCGUGUGUAACGUUCAAGCUUGACGCACUUAGGUGGAAGGGGAGAAAAAAAGCGAGGAAAAAAAGAUGUCCGAAUCCAAGUACCGCGAGUGGAUUUUGGAUACUAUCGACUCGCUGCGGUCUCGAAAAGCCCGGCCGGACUUGGAGAGGAUUUGCCGAAUGGUCCGGAGGCGACACGGGUCCGAGCCUGACCGAACCUGCGCGGAACUGGAGAAACUGAUCCAGGAGCAAACCGUGCUCAAAGUUAACUACAAGGGUUCCAUCUCCUACCGGAACGCCGCCAAGGUUCAGCGGCGGAGCAGAAAGAAAGACGAUGUUUCGUUAGCCACGGCUGCGAGACGGAGCGCGAUGGAAGAAGCCAGUCAUUCCGACCUGAGCAACGGGGAUAGCGCUUUCGGUGCCGUGGACCAGGACGAGGAGGAUUUGGAGGGUGACACCUCUAUGGCUAUGGACACAGACAGUAAUCCUGAUGAGGAGGGGGCAGAGGAGAGUCGUGAUGGGCAGGACCGACCUUCUCCGAGCCCCCAGCGUGAAGGAGCCUCAGUGCAGUGUGCCCCUGUACGGGCCGCCUCUGCUCCCUGCUCUCCCUCUGGCUCCCGGCCUGGCUCUGGCCCCAACUGCAGCGCUGGCUCUGCUCUGGACUGUGCCGCGUCCCAGAAGCCAGGCGAGAGGCCCAACUCCUUGCCCCCCUCCAGCCCCGCGGUCCUAACACACAAUGAAUGGGCUUAUGAUUCAGCUGUCAGCCCAGUGGAGCGCCAGCACCCAGGAAUGCAGAAGGACAAAGAACUGAAGCCAGCAGACCACUCUGGAACGAUGAUCCCCAGCGCUUUAACCAACGGAAAGAAAGAAGCAGAAAGCAGGGAGGACAGCAGCAGCCUCUCAUCUGACCAGUUGGUACCCGACUCUACAGCACGCCCGGAGGAAGUCAGGAAUGUCUCUGAUGGAAGAUUACAGACGGUGUCUCCGCCCCCUGAAAACAGUACGCUUAAGAAGAUCGAGCCGCCCUUCACAGCGGCUGAAGGCGGUCUCAUCAAUGGUGGUACAGCUGAUGAAGUCUCGGUGAAAAUGGAGAAGAUGAACCAGAACUUGUUGCAGUGGACUGUGGCAGAUGUGGCCAGUUACUUUUCAGCGGCGGGCUUUCCAGAGCAGGCCGUUGCUUUCCGAACACAGGAAAUUGACGGGAAGUCUCUCCUCCUGAUGCAGCGCAGCGACGUCCUGACCGGCUUGUCCAUCCGACUCGGCCCGGCCCUCAAAAUCUACGAGCGCCACGUCAAAGUGCUGCAGAGGACCCACUUCCUGGAAUGCGACGACAUCUGAAGGGAUGAUCGGCAUGACAGACGAUGCUGUAUGAACUAAGACAUGCAUGCAGUCCCUCUGCCAUCUGGACCCCACUGCCCGCCUUCAUAUAUAUAAGUAGAAGGUGCGUGGAGUGGGACAGGCUGCGGUGGAAUUCGGCUUCACUGUGAGAACGACCAGAAACUGAAAGACAGUCAUCCUACCUCUCAUUGUGGUCUUUGGUUUUUCAAACGGUUUUCAUUUCACUCCUGUGGCCCCUUUGGAGACAAAAGACAGCUGCAGGCAAAAUCUGUUUAAGCGGAGCAGCGCUGACCUUUCUGCAAGAGCGAAACUUUGGGUAGCAGAUUGUAAACAGACCAGGUGGACCGCCACAGACAUGGCUGAGUUGUGGCGCAUUGCUGCCACAGGUUGGGGUGUCUUCCCAUCAACUUUCUGUAACAUUUAAAACUGAAGGUCACAAAGAACAUUAAGCACACCAGCUGUUGCUAUGUGAUGAGAUCCAAGCGUCAAAGUCGAUGUGUCUGCGUUAAAAGUUAGUCUCAUUCCUGAGUUCCCAUUCCACCGGUAGCUGCUGCAGUGGAUUAUUGCCUCAGUGUCUCUGCCACACUGAGAUAUAACCCUUAAUGUGUUUUUCUAUCUGUUCAGUCUUAGUUAUAAGUGAUUGUGGUCUGACGAUACAGAUUGACUUGGGGGAAAUAAUUCCAGGUGUAAGUGACCAUAAAAUAUGCAGCCCAAUAUAAUGUGCUCUUACAUUCAAGCAAAACAAAGUAAUAAUGUUGCAAGAAACGCUGCUCUUGCUGGUUAUGUAGUUUGAAAUUCAAUAGAGCUGCUAAGCGACUGUUUACGGAUAACUUUAAGAAAUGCAAUAUUUUAUGUUGUUUACAAUUGGUCUGUCCUGGCGUUGUGUUUUGAUGGCCAGUUGAACUGUGUAACAUUCCAUAUUAUGUAGUCUUCAUCUCAAGUGUAGCCUCUCCCCUUUUUAUCUGUAAUAUGAAACAAUUCUUCCAAAGUUGGAAAAUAAAGCUCAUCUCUCUCA